GAUAGCAUCAGAUAUUAGCGCAGGGUCCCUCUGAGACACGACCUUAGGAGGAGCAUACUGAUGCCUCUGCUGACAUAAGCCACACAGGAAGUUGAGCUUCAAAGAUACAUACAGUCAGCUGUAAUCUGUCUGAGGUUCACACGGUCAGCAGCAAGACGACAUGGAGGUCACGGCUCUCUGCAUCAGACUGUUAAUAAUUAUUUGGAUGCUGCUGUUGACGCAAGUUCAGGACAGUUGUUACGCUCAGAAAGCUUACGCAGCUCUUCCUCAUCUCGUUCCAGCCAGACUUCAGUACUUCGAAUAUGAAUCCAUCUCUUUUAACUGUGAGGGGUUGCAUGGGUCUCUUGGAUUGGGAGUGAUGAGGAGGCUCCCAAGUGAAAGUGCCACAUGUGGUAAAAACUGGGGAUUUUCAAACGGGUCUCACUGCAUCAUCCGAAGUGUUUAUGUUGAAGACAGUGGAGAAUACUGGUGUGAGACUGGAGACGGUAAGAAGAGCGACACUGUCAACGUCACUGUUACAGCUGGUUCUGUAAUCUUGGAGACUCCUGUCAUUGUGAUGGAGGGAGAAGCUGUGACUUUGCACUGCAAAAACAAGACAGCUUCCAACAUCUCAGCUUCCUUCUAUAAGAAUGACCUCUUCAUCAAGAACAUCUCCACAGGAAAUUUGAUCAUCCAAAGUGUUUCUAAGUGUGAUGAAGGACUCUACAAGUGCAGAAUCUCCGGAGCUGGAGAAUCACCAGAGAGCUGGCUGUCUGUCAAAGAAUAUCACAAAGAGACUAUCCCCCUCUGUUCCGACCAACUUCCUGUUCUCCUCUACCUGCUGAUAAGGACUGUUGUCACAGUUUUAUGGGUGGCUCUGCUGCUGUUGGUGUUGAGAAAACGUCACUAUGAAAAAUGAAGGUAAAAAAUGAAUGACCAUCAACUUCCAACAGUCACUGCUGGAACAAGAUCAUUUGUUAAAUAUGUGCCAAAAGCUAUACAUAGAGCACAUAUAGCAAAACAUUUGAAGUCCUGCAGGUUUAUGAGCUCAUAAUUUCUAUUAUCUAGACUUUAUUUCUUCAACACAAAUACACAGUGACUGUAAAAAUGUUGAUUUAUUUCCUUUGUAACCUUUGUAGUGGUAAAAAUGUACAGUCAAACAUCAAGACAUUUCUUUUCUAAUUUAUACAGCUGAUUUAUCUGCACAGAAGAGAUUCUGAACAAACCAAAUAACAGCUUUACACAUUGUCCAUUUAAACCAUGAUUUGUUUCUGACAUGAUCAUUUUUGUAUAUGCUUCUAUGCAAUGCUGAUUCUAAUUAAUUUUACAGUUGUUUAACUCUCUUUUUGUAAGGACAGUUACUUCAUUACAUUAUUUCUUGGUUGGCUUGUGUGUGUGUGUGGAUUACUACAUUUCUUAGUUGUCUGAGUGAGUAUGUCAAUGCCUUUGUAAGGCCUAUGAGUAGAUCCAUAAUGUGCUGUAGACACUGUAUAUCAUGGGAAAAAGGUGAAUGCAGGUCAAGAUAUUUGAAAUGUUUUUAAACCACACAGUCUCUCUAUCAUCAUAUUUAUUUUUGCUCUUUCGUUCUUUUUUUUAAUGUGAGUGUUAAACCCCAACAACUACAGAAUAACCACAGCGUCUCUACAGCUGUGUGAAAAGACGCUGUGGGUCUGUUGUAGGAAAGGCCGCUCACCCACAGAGAACUACGGUCACGUACUAGUGUUUCGAUGCAACAGCUGCUGAGUCUUAAGACUUAAAUAUGUUGUCUGCAGCAUGUCAGGGCAAAAUGCAUUGCGAGAAAAAUCAAACAAUACAGAGCUGUCACAGAUGAACUCCAUGCAGAAAAUGCUCAAAUAAAGAAAGUGUAAAAAAAAGGUUGUCUGUGUUUAUUAAUAGUUCAUUAAUGAGCCAAAUGAUUUGGUAUAUGUGAAAUAACUAAGAUUAAAGUGAAAGUGAAAUCAUUUUGUUAGUAUUGAUU